UGUUCUGUUCAUGUGAUGUGAUUCAUUGUCUGUGAUGUUAUGAUUAAUGUUUGUGAUCAACAUAAUUAUUCUGUUUUUAAUGCACACGGAACUAAAAAUGAUCAAUGUUGUAUUUGUAUGGCCUGUAUACUGAGGCUGUACGGCCAUGAUUUUAAGGACUUACUUUUCAAGUAAGUGAAAGGUUUUAGGUUAAUUAAGUUGAUGCCUUCAUGCUGUGUGGCCAAUUGCACCAAUAACUUGGGAAACGGAUUCAUGUUGAAACGUUUUCCCAGCGAUCCUAUUAGAAGGAAGUUAUGGGCCGAGAAAGUUGAUAGAAAUAACUGGACUCCCACAGAUUCUACCCGCAUUUGUGAGAUCUUAACCAAGAAAAUGAUCUGAGAUCAUGAUCAUCUAUAUACUUCUUGAGACUGAGACUGGAUGAAGAGUGGAACCCUGCUUCAAGUGAAUUCACUAAAGUCGGCGUGACUUGGUUGUUCCUACGAUGAAAACUCACCUGCUGAAACCGCCUCCCUUACACUGUCCAUGGUUUUUCGUAGCAAUCGUCUUCACAUUAUCAUGUCUGACCAGAGUGACAACUGUAUCAGCAGCAAUAGCCAUGCCUCACAUUGCUCACGAAGAACUGUCAGCAUUUAUAGCACAGGCACACAAUGCAAUGCACCACAGGAUACAAAGGCUCGAGCCUGAGAUUCAUAGGAAAGGGGUGAAGCAGGUUCCAGGAACCCCUGCCUGGUUCAUGGCAGCCUCACAUUCCCUCCGCAACGAUCACAAGAACUUGACGCAGGCAGCUCUUCUGGCCGAAGAGACCACCAAGUACAUGACUCAAGCACUUGGUUUGACAAAGGAGCAAGUGCACUUGGGUUUGCCGGAAAUGGACAUCAGCUCGACGAGCCUGGCGCGGUCAUGCCCCGAGCAGAUGGAGUUCCCAUGCGAGGCACACAAGUACCGCUCGAUCGGCCACUGCAACAACGUACAGAACCCGCAGUGGGGUCAGGCGGCCACCCGAUAUCUGCGCCGAAUGCCGCCUGACUACGCCGAUGGCAUCAGUCUGCCUAGAGGCACGCCACAGUUUUCAGGCAGACUGCCAAGUGCCAGAGAGGUGUCGUUGAUAGUGCACAGUCACUCGGACAUUCCUCACUCGCAUCUGGUUGUUCUGUCAGCCGUGUGGGCGCAGUUCAUUGCUCAUGACAUCUCAUUGACGCCUCAAAUGACUGGAUACAAGGGCGAGAGACUGAAGUGCUGCGGCGUGGAGUUCAGUGACUUCCACCCGGAAUGCUUCCCGAUCCGCCUGCCAGACGGUGACCCCGUGCACGGCCCAUCUCACAUUCGUUGCCAAGACUAUGCACGGUCAGCCUCCGCCCCAAGGACGGGCUGCACCCUAGGUACCAGAGAACAAAUGAACGGAGCCUCAUCUUACUUGGAUGGAUCAGUGAUUUACGGAAACUCGCAAAUUGAAGCCGAUCAGCUGAGAACAUUCAAGGAUGGGCAGUUGAAAGUACAACAAGGUCCUUCUCGGGGACCUCUGCUUCCGCCUGAGGAGAACUCAGCUGACUGCAGACAGAGUUUCAAUCAAAAAUGCUUCAAAUCAGGAGACUCGAGAGUGAACGUGCAUGUUGGCUUGGCAGCGCUGCAUACGUUGUGGGUUCGCGAGCACAAUCGCAUAGCAAGGGCGCUGUCCAGGCUCAAUCCCCACUGGGUCGACGAGAUCAUCUACCAGGAAGCUAGGAGAAUAGUUAUUGCCGAACUCCAGCAUAUCACCUACUCGGAAUUCCUACCUCUUGUUUUGGGGAAAGAAGGCAUGGCUUUGUACGAUCUGCAGCCUGAAGUAGAUGGCUAUUACAAGCACUACGAUAUGAAUUUGAAUCCUGCCGUGGCCAACACUGCUGCUUCAGCCGCCUUGUACUACUUCAUAUCAUUGAUGCCCAAGCAUAUGGGCAUUUUCGAUGAGCAAGGUCGGCAUCUAGGAGAUGAGAUGAUUGGUUCCUCUUUCUACGCACCGUUCAGCCUGUACAAGCCAGAUGGCCUUGACUCUACCAUGAGGAGUAUGCUUAAGAGCUCAGCUCAGUCCAACAAUCAGCACAUCAACUCCAUCCUCACCAACCACAUGUUUCAACAAACCACCAAAGGAGCUGGACUGGACCUUCCGGCGCAACUGAUCCAGCAAGGCCGAGAUCACGGCAUCCCGGCCUACAUCAGGUGGCUCAGCCACUGCAACAUCGCCGACGUGAAGAGCUUCAGAGACCUGCGCGCCAUCAUGCCCGACAGUGCCAUCACUGACUUGCAAGCUGCCUACUUGAACGUGUCCGACAUAGACCUGUUGCCAGGCGUGCUAUCAGAGUGGCCCGUGAACGGGUCGACAGUGGGUCCAUCGCUGCGCUGCAUCCUGGGCCAGCAAUUCGAGGCACUGCGUCGUGGCGACCGCCACUGGUACGAGGCCGAUAUGCCCCCAUCCGCCUUCCGCCCGGCACAGCUCAAGGCCAUCCGCGAGGGCGCUUUGCUCGCCCGCCUCAUCUGCGACAACUCGGACCGCAUGCGGGCCGUGCAGCCGCAGCCGUUCAUCGUGUCCGAUCCGUUCUUGAAUUGGCCAAUGAGCUGCAGUAGCGGUGUGUUCAAGCCGUUGGAUCUGACUCCCUGGCAGGAAGCGAGGCCUCACAUUCUUGUUUCCAGCCAUCUCCUUAAUGAAGCAAUAACGAGAGCACAUCGAGAUGUCAACAAGAUCCUUGAGCAAGAAUACGAUUUAUACAUCAACAAUCGUAUGGCCGACCCACAGUCGCCAGUAGGAACAGCGUACGGCUUCAGCCGGCCGAAAAGGCAGGCUGCACAAAUUGCAAAUAAUUCUCUGAUCCUCGAAUAUGCUUCAGCAUCGAUGGUCCGCAAUUUCUUAAAAGGGGAGCUGCAAGACCUGGAAACGCAUGACGUGAAAGAGCUGUUGUCUGUGCUACCAUCAGUGGACGUGUCCUCACUCAACAUGGGCUUGGACUUGGUUUGUGACGAAACAGCGCUGCCCUGUGACCAUACCAGAAAAUACCGAACUAUUACUGGAUGGUGCAACAAUCUAAACAACCCGAGCUACGGCAAAAGUUUUCAACCAUUCAUCCGGUUACUUUCUUCAGUCUAUGAAGAUGGUGUGGGUUCACCAAGAUCUUUGUCGAUAUUAGGCAAACCACUGCCUUCACCGAGGCGAAUAUCAACCAGUAUUCAUACAGACAUAUCGAGGCCGCAUACCAGGUAUUCACUCAUGGUUAUGCAGUUGGCACAAAUCACGGAUCACGACUUGACAUUCACUCCUGUCAACAAAGGCUUCAUAAACGAAGGCAUCCUGAAUUGUUUGGCGUGCGACUCGAUGGUGACAUUCCACCCGCAGUGCUUUCCGAUCCCCGUGCCCGAGGAUGACCCCUACUUCCCCGCCAUCAAUGAGACGACAGGAGAGCCCUUCUGCAUCCCGGCCACGCGCUCCAUGCCUGGACAACGCACGCUUGGUCCGAGAGAGCAGACCAAUCAGCUGACAGCGUAUCUUGACUUGUCUUUCGUGUAUGGCUCGGACGUUUGCGAAGCACGAAUACUGCGCAGUCUGUCGGGCGGAAAAUUGAAUUACACGAGGCAUCCAUCCAGAGGCAAACCUCUGCUGCCUCAGAUUGCUGCUCAUCCAGAAUGCAGAUCUCCAUCCAGGGUCUGCUUUAGAGCAGGUGAUGAGAGAGCGAGCGAACAGCCGGGCCUGACAGCGCUGCACACGAUCUACAUGCGCGAACACAACAGAAUGGCCACCGCCCUCGCCUCCCUCAACCCACACUGGAAUGACGAAACACUCUACCAGGAGACCAGGCGCAUCCUCACCGCCGUGCACCAACACAUCGAGUUCAACGAGUUCCUGCCUAGGAUAUUCGGCUGGGAUGGUGUAAGAAAGCAUGGGCUCACACUGCAAUCUGAUGGAUACUAUUAUGAAUAUGAUGACAAAUGCGACCCGACAAUCCUGAAUGAGUUUGCAGCGGCCUGCUUCCGCUUUGGCCACAGUCUGCUGCGACCGGCAUUCAGGAGAGUGGACCACCUGCACCGACCACUCGAGCCGCCAGUCAGGCUCAGAGACCACUUCUUCAACCCGGACAUCAUUUUCCAAACAAACAUCAUCGAUGAAAUCGUCCUCGGCCUCUUGGAUACGCCUAUGGAGACACUCGACAAUUUCAUCACGGAAGAGGUUACCAACCAUUUGUUUGAGAAGAAGGCGGUUCCCUUCUCUGGAAUGGAUUUGGUGUCGUUGAAUAUUCAGCGAGCUCGUGAUCAUGGAAUAAGAGGCUACAACUUCUACCGAGAAGCUUGCAACAUGACCAAAGUGAAAACGUUCGAUGAGCUCUAUCCGCAAAUCUCGUUGCCAUUAAUAGAGAACCUGAAAAGUAUUUACGAGCACGUGGACGAUAUCGACCUGUUCCCGGGUGGCAUGAGCGAGACUCCACUGCCUGGAGGAGUGCUGGGUCCCACUUUCGCCUGUGUCGUAGGACACCAAUUCAGGAGGCUGCGUUCUUGUGAUCGAUUUUGGUAUGAAACCAGUGAUCCUCUGCUGAGGUUCACUCCUACACAACUGACAGAAAUCAGAAAGAUGUCUCUUUCAAGGAUAUUGUGCAAUAAUCUGGAUAAUGCACAAACCAUGCAGAGAAGUGCGCUAGAUCUUGAGGAUUCUUUUAUGAAUCCAAGAGUGCCAUGCAGUUCGAUUCCGUCUCUGGACUUAUCUGCGUGGAGGGACAGAGCGUCUUGCUCUGUGGGAUCAGUUACCAUCGACAUAGGAGCGACAGAACAUGUAUCGCCAUGUGUGACGUGUACAUGCACCAAAGAAGGACCAAUCUGCCAAUCAUUGAGGAUAGGCAACUGCUUCCAUUUGGCCAACUCGUUCAGUGCGGACGCUGUCCUCAACGACACAGUCUGCAAGGUGCAGUGCGCGUUUGUGUUCAGGGCCCUCCAGGAACUAUCAGAAACGACCACGGACAAUCAACUUGGAUUCAGCUAGUAGUUAACGUAAGAUAUGAACGCCAGAAACAAUGCUAUUGGUUAAUUU